AUGUUUGUGCCAGAUGAUGAACGCGCCGCGUUGCCCAUGAUGUUUCUCCUAUUCGUGAUGUGGGGCUCUUGGCCCGCGUGCCGCAAAAUGGGAGGGUCAGGAAACAUUGAGUUCGAAAUGGCAUACGUGUUGACACAGUGUUUGGUGGUAUUCAUACUGUGCGCCACGUUGGGCAUGAUACCAGCUGAGGAUGCUGAGCACUUUGACGGCGCCCUUCUGACGGAGUUCUUUGCAGCUGAAUUGCAGCAGAAGCCUGUCUCUCUGUUGCUAACGGCACGCUGGCGGAUUUUGGCGGGCAGUUCGUUGUGCAUUGGUGAUUUCGUGAUGGCGUGUGCAAUCGAUUUGUUAGGCAUUUCCAUUGCAUGCCCAAUUGGAUUUGGUAUCCCGCUAGUUUUCGGAUCGGGCAUCACCUACAUCAUCGAGCCCAAAGCAGAUAUCAUGUUAUUGUUUCCUGGUAUCGUAUUGAAUAUCUGCGGCAUGUUGUUUGACACAGUCUCUCAUACCAAAAGAAUCGAUCGCAACCUUGAGUCAACUGUUCACGAGCCAGGUGCAUGCAUUCCCGCGACAGGAGCUCCGGACUGCAAGCCUGAGGAGUCAGGAAUCGGUGAUUCGUUUGACAAGAAGAUGACGAUUGCUACUUCUCGGAAGUGGACGUCCCUGUUGGUCCCCGUCUUCGGAGGGAUUUGCCUCGCCGCUACGGUGCCAAUUUGCACUGUCGCUGGCUCACUUGGAAAUCUGGAUCCCUACAUUAUCACAGCUGCGUUCAUGGCUGGCCAGCUUAUGACACUUCUUCCGAUGCUGACGUGUUACGUAACGCUUGUCAAACCCGAGUUGGGGACAGUCUCCAAAUGUGUCCCUUCAGUGAUUAUAGCGCAGUUCAUCGAUUCCCUGCGGAAAUCACCAAGAUCCUCGUGUUGGAAUGCCAUGGCAGGAAUUUGUACAGGUUCUGGAUGGUGGCUCUUCCAGGUGGGCACACCCGUGGUGUCACGAGCUGUGGGAUUCAGCAUCGGUUGCAGCGGCACGCUCAUUGGACCAUACCCGCCUCGGUGUCUCAUGGCGCGGCAGAUCUUUUAUGGGGUUGUGAUCUUUCGAGAGUUCCACGGGCAGCCUUGCCAAGCAAAAUUGUACUGUGGUAUUGCGACCUGUUUCUUCUUGACCGCCAUCGUGCUCAUGACUAUCGCUUCCUUGUGA